AUGAAUACAUCAACAGACUUUGAAAAAAUUGCAAAUGAUUUUCUUCUUCUAGUUAGAAAAUAUAUUCGACUAUAUUACAAGCCAGAUAUCAACGAGGGUUAUCAAAAAUAUGACAAAAGAGAAUUGCAAUUAAUGGAUGAGUUUUUCAAGAUUAAAACUCAAUUAAAUGCGGCAUUGUGUAAUACUAUUGAUAUAAAAAUUAUUGCUGAAAAAUUAUGUCAAAUAAUUGAUCUCGGAGAAGAAUAUAUUAAUGAAAUGGAAGACGAUAAUAAAAUUCCGAAUUGUUUACUGCUACGAAAUAUUGCUGCUUAUAUGACUCCAUUAUUAAAAGUAUUUGGUACUACAUCGAAAGACAUAGAUAAUAUUUUCUCUGCUGAUUUCAGUGAGAUAGUAAUUUGCAGUCCUUCAUCGAGCACUUCAGCUCAUGAGCUAAUUAUGCCUUACGUUAGCGCACUAACUGUCUUCCGUGAAACCAUUUCGGAAUUGGCUCAGCAACGGAAUGUUAACGAUAUCAUUAAGGAAUGUGAUCGCAUACGAGAUAAAGUACUUCCGGAAUUAGGCAUUAUUCUCAAUGAAGCAAAUCCUGAAAAACCGGUGCUUGCACUAAAAAAACAAAGUAUAUCUCGUGAAGCUAUCACUGAAGUACGACAGUCACAUAGAUCAGAAGUGGCAAAUUGA